GCAGCCACAAUGAACCAAAGAACAAUACAUUUAAGUACAACGUAAGAGGUUUGGAGUAAAACGGUUAAGAAGCAAUUGCUGUAGGCCACUUCAUUUGAAUGUUCACACUCCGUACUCAGCCAUUUCGUCAGAGGGAGCGCUUCAUUGAAAACAGUAAGUUACUCAGUUCUACUGGGGAGCUUCAUAAACUUCUUAAGCAUAUCAUUUGAACAAUGUAUAUAUUAGGUAGAAUUCAUCCCACAUGUAUGGUUUCUAAAACUUCAUUGCAUGAUCUUCGAAAAUCAGUGGACUUCGUUGGCCAGAAUCACAGGUUAAUCAUACCAAACAAAUCAUUUACGAUCAAAUGAAUUUGAAAUCACGAGGCACGAUAUGCCAUUUCUGCCGAUACUUCAAUUAGUCAGCUUGUACCCAUUCAAAGGUUUUUAUAGUCCCCCUGGUUGGCGCAAGAAGAUCUCUUACUCACAAUGGGCUUAAUCUGAGAUACGUUUGGUUAAAUUAGUGAAUAGCGUUCAUCAAUGCCAAAGGCUAUUUCUAGGCUAUGCUCCUGUGCAUUUUAGUCCUUACAAGAGGUCGUAUUUGUUUCGUUUUAUAUCAAGAUAUUUAUAUUUGUCCAUUUUUUCCGGAUCAAUCAAGCAACGUAAUGUAUUGGGGCUCGUACUUCGAGAAGCUUUGCCCUCAUUUGUUUUGUAAUUAAAAUGUUUCUUGCGAUAAGAAAUAGCAGCUGCAGUCGAUAAAAAUUGGCUCAUUGAAAUUAACUCGAUCUAUUUGCAUUUCAAAACAAAACGUUCGUGAAUUGUUAAUGACAAGUGUAAAGUAAUUGUUGUGGUUACAACAAAGAAUGGCUCCUUGGUGUUAAAGUAGAAUUAUAUUAACUUUUUUCUAGUGCAUCGCAAGCGAUCUUUCCGCUUUUUUUUCCUUUUUUUCAACGAGCCGAGAACUUAGCACUUGAAAUCAAGCAUGAAUCUUCAUCGUGGUCUUUUGCAACACCUUAACGAGCUGGGAUCGACUCAUUGCUUAUUGUUCAUGUGUACUUUUGUCACCUCUAUUAGAAAGGAGGUUCUAAUUUGUAUUUCUACAAUGGACCCUACAUGCUAAAUUGAAAUUAUUAAUAUCAUCGCAAAACAAAUGACCCCAGAUUUGAACGCCAAUGUUAAGUCAGGGCGCCUCCUAAUAAUUCUCCAGCGUGGUCAGACUACAUGAAACACUUAACUACCCAAUAUAUAAAAUGAUUUAUAGGUACAACUUUCCGUUUGGAGUCUUCCUUGCCAUGAUAUAUAAAGUAAUCAUCCAUUUUGCACGUCAACUUAGGAAAGUAUGGAUCGGGAGACUUGCUGAGAAAUUUAUAUAUCUCAAUUUAAUGGAUUUUGUUUGCACAACUGUUUUUGAGCAAUUUUGAAUGGUUUUGACCCCGUAAAAUCAUCGCAUAUGACUUCCCUGGCCCCAAACACAGCAUCGCGAAAACUAUCUGUGCUAAAAAGGGUUCAACCGUUUGAAGAGAAUAAUAAGCUCAAUUAUGAAUAUAAGAUCUAUUAUGUCGCGAACAGGUGACCAUGAAGUUGUCACUGUAAUUGGUAUUCACAGAAUACGCCCUGGUUUUUCGGACAACAAGUUGCUCUUUAAGCUUUUCCUCUUGGGUCAACUGAACGUCAGCUUCGAUAACAGAAUUCUUUCCAUGCAUGUCAACUCUGUGUACUUUAGAACAUUUUUUUUUUGUUCUUUCACCACGUGUAUUUUAUCUUGCCCAUCUAUCAACAUAAAAGCAAUUAGCACAGAGUAGACGUUGAAUAUGAAAAGUAAGAUGUGCCGAGGGAAAAUAUUGUGCCAUUCACUAACUUUUCAAGUGGACAGUUCUAACAUUACAGGAUAUUUGCAAAAAGGACAGUGAUCCCAUGGAAGUAAUAUCAGCAGCCAGCUAACGCGGCCUUUUCACUGGGACGAUAAUUUAAUGUUUUUAGUCAAGGGUAUAUUCGCAUAUCCAGCGGAAUCGACGACCUUUCCGUACAGUUUAAAUGCAACAAAUCAUUAGUGAUAGCUACACAAAAUUGAGGUUUAAAAUUAAUGAAAUGGAAAAAAAAAGAGAGAAAAAACUGACAAGACAUACGAUCCUUAGCUGUUUGCGAACCUAAAAGCUCACAAAAGAACAGCAUCUGCACUUCUCAAAUUACGAUUAAAGAAGACACUCAAUAUACCAUGUGGGUCAGUGAAGCUAGUCUUCGCUACCAAAAACGUCGUAGAAAAUUCGACGAUUCACAUCGCUUCGAAAUAAAUUCAAUGCGUUUCCAACCUCAGGGAAAACUCGCCGUGACACAUAAUCUGAUUCAUUUUACUCGCAGCUAGCUCAGUUUCUAAAUGUUCGCCUUAACACGUGGUGCAAAAUUACUAUGAAAAUGAUUUCAGCUCAACUCACAAGAAAUUUGCAUAACAGGCAUUCUGAUAUCAGCCCGCCCUGCAGGAUCUCACAAUGUGCUUUUAAAUAUUUUGGAAGUUUGUUUACGAAAUCUAAGACAAAAGACCCGGUGGCCUUCCCUUUAAAGGGAAAAAAAAUUUACACGACGAUUACAAAGCAAACUCCGUUACUCGAACCUUCCCCACUAUCGCUUAAUAAUUCUUAAUAAUUCCGAAAAAGGCAAGCCUUUCGGACUGUGCCGGAGGAAAUGAAAUAAAAACCUGCAUUUAUCAAGUCAAUCCUAAUCCGCACCUCUAACUGUUCCUUUUAGUAAAUCUCAUCAUCUAAACGGCUAAAUUUGAAAUAUUUUUGGUGUUGUACGUAGACAGGAAAGACGAGGCUUAUUAAAUAGAUCGUAAGACUCUGUUUCUGGCUCAUACUCAGGGAUCUGCAUUUAUCCUUUCUUUUUCCUCGCUAUUUUAUUCGAAAUCGAUUGCGGUUAUUGCAGCAUGCAAUAUUCAAGCCUUCGACUGACAAAUGUUAAUUUAAUUUGAAGGCCCUCGUUGUUUUAGUUUCUGUCGAAUUCAUUUACUUGGGUGACAUAAGGCUUUAAUCUAGUACUCAAUAGCUGUCAGACACGCAAUUUCUUUCGCAAAGUAAAAUUGUCUAAAAAAAAAAAAAGAAGUUAAAUUAAGUGAAAAACUUACUGAAAAACCCGGUCCAUGAUAAAGGCCAAUUUGUCUGAAAAGCUAAGUAGUGAGUAAUUUCUCGUGUAGAAUUUCAUGAAUGAUGAUCACUUCCAAGUGAACCUGCUGCUUUGUUGUCAAAGAUAAUGGCUCAACGGGUGCAAUUGAUUGGCCUUAGCCAAUCAUAUUUCUCCACUAAUAGUUGAACUUUGUGUUUUCAGGUGGCCCGAUGGCAAGUGUGUUGUGUGAAUCGGACUAGACUAGUUACCGGGCUAGCACUCCGCACUCUGCGCUCCGCGCCAAAUCAGUCAGCUACACCAGCUCGCGUGAGUAAGAUUUACUAGGACACGGAGGAGGUGCCAACCAUCGUUCCUUCCAAAUGGCCUUAACGAGCAGUUUGCCUUGUAUUGACACGCUGGCCUUUCAGCUGAGUCGACAUGGCCUCGACGAGAAUCAAAAUAUAAAGCCACCGUUCUUCUACUCUUGGUCGGAGCCCUACAAUUUAGACUUUGCCGGAAAGGCUCCCAAUAACCCGAAGCGAAGCCGAAGCCAUCCCAGCGCUUUGGUGGCCAAGCGCAAGGAAGCAAUUCAUUCACAAGCUUGUCUACCUGGUUUAAAAAGAGAGAAGGAGAGCGAGAAGAAUUCGGAGGAAACUCGCGGAUCUGUAAAGGCAUUAGCUGAAAUUCAUUCAACCAGUCUUCAUACAUCGCCAGGGCACCUAACUUUAUCAGUUAAUAAAUAUGCAAAUCAAGCAAACAGGCAUGAAGAAUCAGACACCGCAGACUUCGCUGAAUCUUCCGACGACGAAAUAAGUGAACUUCUAGUAAAUGGCUCUACCACGAAUAAAGAGUUACCUCGUGUUCUUUGUGAAAAUAAGACCCCGCAUCCUGUUAGUAGGAAAACUAAUCGAACAACGAGAGACUCUGGUCCUCUCAAGCGAACCUUGGAAGGAAGCGAAAAUACUAAUGAAAACAAGAGACGUCGCCCGAGGCUUGACUUUGAAAAGAUGCAACUCUCCAGAGAUGCUCUUGUUCCUCUGAAUGGAAGCGAUAAAUCUAUCUUGGACGAGGUAUAUUUCAGGCCAAUUUUAGCAUUAAACGUGAACGAGUGAGCUUUGCGUGUUGGAAAACUAGCACACGCUCAUUAAUGAAAGAAAUGCAAACGACAAGGCCAUCGAACAAAAAUAAUAUCACGUAUGGAAAUAACGCGGAGUUAUCGCACAAUAACAAACAUUAGGGAGGGACAAAAUCGGGAAAUGCGAAUUUUAUAUCUUGAAGGCUUUUUUAUCACCAUAUCAGUACUGUGUGUUAUUCAUAGCACGUAUAAUUUUCUUUCCCAUUUUGGAAAUGAACUGAAUAAAUCCACCGUUUAAUGACUGGUUGGCGUGGCCUCCGCGGAACAAACAUAUAUUCAAAUUUAACAUCCGAUUACAAACAGAAACCGCGACGCUCAAAUAAACGAUAUUUAGACGUCAGCUUCACAACUGUAUAUUUAGUAAUUUUUUUAUACAACAGAUACUUCUAUUGAGGAAAGAAGCAUGAGAGAUAAAUGGGAAUUUUGUGGUGUUCAGUUACACCAUGGGCUGUACACCUUUUAUAGAUUUCCAAUUUUACUAAACCAGUAUCAAAGGAAGUUUUAUCUCAAGUCAUUGGGAGAAAAUAAAGAGAGAUUUAUUUAUCAAUGAAAACUCUUUGUGUUGUACGUGC